CCAGGGUGCUCGCGGAGCCGGGAGCUGCAGGUGACUGCAGACCAAGGAGGAUGAGCAGAGGUCCCCGGAGCACUGUUUCCUCCUGGCUGACAGAUGGAAGGAAGCAGGUCCUGCGAGGUUCCCCCGGGGACGGCUGAUCCAGAGAGCGACGCUGGUCAAGUUAGGAGCACGCCUGCUUCCCCCUCCAAAGAGGUUCACAAGGGUGUUAAGGGGGUCAUCUUGUCUUCCUCGUCGAUUUUAGACUUGAGUCAAAGUGGUCUUCACCAUUUAGGAGAGAUCUUUAAAAUUCCCAACCUUAAACAAUUGCAUCUUCAAAGAAAUGCCCUCUGUGAGAUUCCUAAAGAUUUCUUCCAGUUACUGCCAAACCUCACUUGGUUGGACCUCCGCUAUAACAGAAUCAGAGCGCUUCCUUCUGGGAUUGGGUCUCACAAGCAUUUGAAAACUUUGCUUUUAGAAAGAAAUCCUAUCAAAAUGUUGCCUGUGGAGCUGGGGAACGUGACCUCACUGAAAGCGCUGAACCUGAGACACUGCCCUCUGGAGUUCCCCGCUCCACUCGUGGUGCAGAAGGGACUGGGCGCUAUCCUGGCCUUCUUGCAGAUCUAUGCUGCCCAGCACUCUGCCCCCCAAGAUUUAACUUCUCAAGUGAUUUCACCAGUUACAAUGAUGAACCUAAGUGAGCUGCCACAGCCCUCGUAUUUAUCUGAGGAAGAAACCGUGCCUGAUGAAGAUGCCAUUAAUUCCCAGGAUCAAAAGGGGUUGUUAAAAGAAAAGGCAGUCUUUUUCCUGCCUGUUGAGAAGCUAGACCUGAGUGAACUGAGAAAGUCCACCGAUUCCUCAGAAGACUGGCCGGGUGAGGAAGAAAUCAAGCGCUUCUGGAAGCUGAGGCAGGAGAUCGUUGAGCAUGAACAAGCAGAAGUGCUUGAAAACCAGCUCUUAGCGAUGGAAUUGCCUCCAAAUCUCAGGGCAGCAUUAAACAUGAAGGAGAAAGAACAUUCCAGCCCAAGACAUGUGCUCAGCGCGGGCCAUCCCAGGGUGAGUGUGCAUCGCAGGGGCUGUGAUUGUAGAAGGAAGAGGCCCUCUAUCAGGAGCGUCCUGCCUGCCCUGGUGCCAUCGCAGCUCGCGGGGCUCCCCCCCAGGAGGCCCCAGGAGAGCAGGGCUGUGGCCAUCCGGGAGCACUGGGAGAAGCCGGUGGUGAUGGAGCAGCGGAGACGAGAUGAACGAGCACUGCGUGAGUGGAGGGAGCAAACCCGGACCAGGAGGAUGGCGGAGGAGGCGCCGAGAAAACCCCUGCCUCCGUGGCGGAGCCUGGUGGCCUCAAAGAUUCCCUUUGCCACGGAUUUGAUAGAUAAUGAGAAAAUGCCAGUGAAUCCGUCUGGAAAAAUGAGGCCAAGCAAAGAGAAGUCGUCAGGAGCAAGUAAAGACAAGAGUGCCUUCCGAGCGGGGCAUCUAGAAGAAAACCUAAAACAGCACAUUCAGAAAGUACACAAAUGCAGAAAAGGGCUUCAGGGGAUGGAGCCACUCGAAAUCAGGCAGGCUGCGCAGGAUUUGGAGAUUGCUAGAAAGCUGCAGGGCGAAGUGAGGAAACUGAGGCUGGGACCGAGCUGGACGAGAAGCCGCCAGCUGACCGCUCUCGUUGGACACCUGCCGCUCCACGCACCUGCAUCUCGGCCUUGGGAUACACUGUUCAACAUGAAGUAGUAAGAGGAGAGCUGACAGAUGCUAAGGAGCGAGUAUCACUUGUGCUGACCGAAAGUCUUCAGACCUGACAAGUUGGUUUAGCAGCUCGUGAGCCCACCAGGUGCCCCCUUCCAAGCGUCUGGGGGGGAGGGGGCGGGUCCGACGCCACCCCCGGGCAGUUGUUCACGGCCUCAGCUGCGUGGCUGCUUCAGAGGCUGCGUGCGCAAGGUUUAAGCUGGAUUAAAGGAGAGAAUACG